AUGUCUAGCCAAAACGCCAGCUCGGGGAGCCAAGUCAUCCUCUCCUCCGAGUUCGUCCUCAGCCGAUACGGAGAGUCUCUCGCCGGCAAGAAGAUCCUCAUCACAGGCGUCGCCAACGACUCCAUCGCAGGCGAACUCGCCCUCCAGCUCAGCGCCGCCAAGCCCUCCCUCGUCAUCCUCACCGCCCGCUCCGAGUCCCGCGUCGAGCCCGUCGUGGCCAAGAUCAAGGCCAAGCACCCGGACGUUGCCGUGCGCUUCCUCAAGCUCGACCUCGCCUCCCUGGCCGACGUCCGGAGGGCCGCCCGGGAGCUGCUCGACGACGGAGAGGUGCCCAAGAUCGACCACCUGGUGGCCGUGGCGGGCGUCAUGGUGCCGCCCUACCAGAAGACGGCCGACGGCGUCGAGCUGCAGUUUGCCGUCAACUACCUGGCCAACUUCCUGCUCGUCAAGGAGCUGCUGCCCAAGGUGCGGGCGGCGGGGCCCAAGUCGUCGAUUGUCAUUUGCGCGAGCUCGGCUGUGCGGGGAGGCUCGGUCAACUUUGACGAUGUCAACUAUAGCGACGGCGAGACGUAUGACCCCAUCGGCGCAUACGCACAGUCGAAUGCUGCCAGAGUCGUUUUCGCCAGGUCUUUGGCCGAGAAGCUCAAGGGAGAAAACAUUCGAGUCUUUAGCGUCGACCCCGGCGCGGUUGCUUCAGGACUGCAGCGCAACUUCACCGGCGAGUUCCUCGAGCGGGUUCAGGAGAUGCGCAAGUCGGUUGGUCCCGUCCUGCGUGACUAUGACGGCCGCCCAUAUGACAUGCCCCCUUUCACAGGCGCCUCCGAGGGUGCCUCGAAUCUCAUCACCGCCAUGACCGAUCCGACAAUCGAGGACGCCAGCGGAGCUUACAUAUGCCGUAACGCGGUUGCUGACGAGCAGCUGACGUCGUGGAUCUUGAACCGUGAGAACUGGGUCAAGCUGUGGGAGCUCAGCGAGAAGCUCAUCGGGGAGCCCUUUGCCGUCUAG